CAUAACGCGUUGUUACCAGUUGAACAUCGUUUUCUACCAUUUUUUGUUUACGUUUGCACCGCGAAUAUUCGUGCACCUGCACUCGCAAUUUGCUCAAAGCCAGCGGCGCCUUUUCGCCGGCAAGUUGCUCCGCUCCGACUUAAAGCAACCACCAGGUGGACGAGGUGUUGGACUCCAGUCAGCUUCUUGCCCCAGCACUUGUCAUUAUCGGCGGGGCGCCUUUGAUCAUUCAGCGGCAUCUCUCGAAUCCGAAUCCGAACCGAAAGUGGUUCUUUUGUUCUCUUUCUGCUUUCUGGCCACCUUUCCCCGCGCCCCGCUCCCCGUCACCCGUCUCCCGUGCCGUGCUUCUUCUUUCUGGCCACCUAGACACGUCAACAGAUUUGGAAUAUUGUAACCAGAAUCUGACACUGGGAAUCGGCAUCGGAAAUUAGUAAUUAGAAGAGAUGCGCGUUAGCACCAUCCGCAGCGGUCGGAUAUGCCGGCUGGCACUGUGCCUCCUGGUGCUGCUGCCACUGCUGUAUCUGCUGGCCAACUGGAGCGAUCAUCACAAACGCGUCCAGGAGGCGUAUCACACGCGCUUCGGCGGACCCAAGUUCGCCCACCAGCGACUGGAGGGCAGGCCCCGGGAGGUGCCCAAGCUGGUCGAUGGCCUUGGCAACUUUGAGCCGAAAGAUGUGAAGCCACGUAGCGGACCCGGCGAGAAUGGCGAGGCCCACAGCCUGUCGCCCGAGAAGAAGCACAUGUCGGACGCCUCCGAGAUGGAGUACGGCAUGAACAUCGCCUGCUCCGACGAAAUAUCGAUGCACCGUUCGGUGCGGGACACGCGGCUCGAGGAGUGCCGCCAUUGGGACUACCCCUUCGAUCUGCCGCGCACCAGUGUCAUCAUUGUCUUCCACAACGAGGGCUUCUCGGUGCUGAUGCGCACAGUGCACUCGGUCAUCGACCGUUCGCCCACGCACAUGCUGCACGAGAUCAUACUGGUGGACGAUUUCUCCGACAAGGAGAACCUGCGCAGCCAGCUGGACGAGUAUGUGCAGCAGUUCAAGGGGCUGGUGAAAGUCAUCAGGAACAAGGAGCGCGAGGGUCUCAUCCGGACGAGAUCCAGGGGCGCCAUGGAGGCUACAGGUGAGGUGAUCGUCUUCUUGGACGCCCAUUGCGAGGUAAACACCAACUGGCUGCCGCCACUGCUGGCCCCCAUCUACCGGGAUCGCACUGUAAUGACAGUGCCCAUUAUCGAUGGCAUUGACCACAAGAACUUUGAGUACCGACCGGUUUAUGGGACGGACAACCACUUCCGCGGCAUCUUCGAAUGGGGCAUGCUGUACAAGGAGAACGAGGUGCCACGUCGCGAGCAGCGCCGCCGUGCUCACAACUCGGAACCCUAUCGCAGUCCCACGCACGCCGGCGGCCUGUUCGCCAUCAAUAGGGAGUACUUCCUGGAGCUGGGCGCCUACGAUCCGGGUCUGCUGGUCUGGGGUGGCGAGAACUUCGAAUUGAGCUUCAAGAUCUGGCAGUGUGGCGGCAGCAUCGAGUGGGUGCCCUGCUCACGCGUCGGUCAUGUCUAUCGCGGCUUCAUGCCCUACAAUUUCGGCAAGCUGGCCAGCAAGAAGAAGGGUCCACUGAUCACGAUCAACUACAAGCGCGUCAUCGAGACGUGGUUCGACGAUACGCACAAGGAGUACUUCUAUACGCGCGAGCCGCUUGCGCGUUACCUGGAUAUGGGCGAUAUUAGCGAGCAAUUGGCGCUGAAGAAGCGGCUGAACUGCAAGAGCUUCCAGUGGUUUAUGGACCACAUCGCCUACGAUGUCUAUGACAAGUUCCCUGGCCUGCCGGCCAAUCUGCACUGGGGCGAGCUGCGCUCGGUGGCCUCCGACGGAUGCCUGGACUCCAUGGGCCAUCAGCCGCCCGCCAUUAUGGGCCUCACAUACUGCCAUGGCGGAGGAAACAAUCAACUGGUCAGGCUCAAUGCCGCCGGGCAGUUGGGCGUCGGCGAGCGUUGCGUGGAGGCCGAUCGGCAGGGCAUCAAGCUGGCCGUGUGUCGCCUGGGUACUGUCGACGGUCCUUGGCAGUACAACGAGCACACGAAGCAUCUGAUGCACCGCGUCCACAAGAAGUGCAUGGCCCUGCACCCGGCCACGCAGCAAUUGUCAUUGGGCCACUGCGAUGUCAACGAUAGCUACCAGCAGUGGUGGUUCAAGGAGAUACGCCCGCGCUGGUAAGUCCAGUGUGGAUGAUCGAGCAUGAUCGGCAUUAUCGGCAUGAUUGGGAGGAGCAGCAGGAGGAUCAAGGAAACGAUCACAAGGGUUUCAGCCGGGGCAACGGGGGCGAUAUUUUAGACAAAAGCUAUUUAGUGAAAAUGAGAAAUGGAAUUGUUGUUGGUUUUGUAACGCAUACAAGUAUAUACACACGAAAAACACAAGAAAUCACACGCAUACAUCAUAGAACUGCAUUUAUGUAACGCACUGUACAUAUGCACUGUACGUCGGCACUUGGAAAUCCCCAAGGUAACUAGGAUCCAGACCACCAGUUCAUUCAAUGCUCAGCAUAUACAUCUACAAGGAUAUUAUUUUAAAGCUAAGGAGUUUCGAUUUUGUAAAACAAUUUCGUAAGAACCUUUCGAUGGCAAACCUUGAAUAGCGAACUAUUGGAACAUAUUUGUAGUGCAUAAAGUGAAUGCAACUUUCAAAAUCGUGUGUGUUAGUAGUAGUAGUACUUGAAAACUGUUUUCCACUUUUGUCCACAAAGAUCAAACUUCACAAAAUGCACUUAGUGUAGAACGAAAAUCAUCACAAUUAGCUAAGAUAAGCAAUCCAUUCCGAUGGCGAAUCUCAUCCAAUAGAUAUUCAAUUGAUACUUAGGAUCCAAACCCGGGGGAUUGCCAUCCAUGUCGACGUCGUGUGUCCUUGCGUAUGAGUGAGAGAAUGCGAUGGGGAUAGAGCGGAAGCGAAUUAGAGGGAGAUAGCGCGAAAGCGGGAAGGCGACGAGUGCAAUAGAGGAUUUAUAGAGAGAGAGAGAGAGAGGAAGCGGGACGGGACGACAGGGUCGCAGAUUGUUUUGCUUUAUGAUUGCCAACUCAAAUGAAUGUACUAACCUUAGUCUGUACUCCUGCAAGCUUAGUUUCAACGCUGCCACAUUCCAAUCUAAUCCAUUAUACUCCAUUAUAAUCUAUUAUAAUCCAAUACAAUCCAAUACAAUCCAAUCCAAUCCGAACCGAAUCGAAUCGAUCGAGUCUGCAGCGAAGCUCGGCUCUAUUAUUCCUAAUCUUACUAUUUUUUUUUUUACUUUACUUUCGAUUUCCGUAAAGCUCUCUGUACCAGGUAGUCGUAAUCGUAAUUGAUCGUUGCAAGUGCUUCGGCAGUUUGAUUUUUGAAACAAUAUUUUACAUUCAUGUGUAACUUUAGAGUUAUCGAUAAGUCUGAAUUAUAGCAUAGAAAUAAAAACGUUUUCUAAACACUUUACCACGUAAA